AAGUCGUUUCAAAGAUGGCGGAUUUCCUGCCAUCCCGCUCCGUUUUAUCUGCAUUUUUCCCCAACUGCCUCCUUACAAGCGGCGAGGCAGAGCAGCUGCGGAAAUCCAAAGAGAUAGAUAAGUGUAUUCGUCGAGACAAGACUCAUGCUAAAAAGCUAGUAAAGAUCUUAUUGCUCGGGGCGGGAGAAAGCGGCAAGUCCACUUUCCUCAAGCAAAUGCGUAUUAUUCAUGGGCAGGACUUCGAUCAGAAGGCCAAAGAAGAAUUCAGGGCUACGAUUUUUAGUAAUGUUAUUAAAGGCAUUCGAGUGUUAGUGGAUGCUAGAGAGAAACUGCACAUCCCAUGGGGUAACCCGUCCAACCAGCGGCAUGGAAACACUAUGAUGGCAUUUGACACUCGGUCGGUGAUGGCUCACGGUCACGGCAUGGUGGAGCCCAAAGUUUUUCAGCACUACCUGCCGUCAAUCAAGGCCCUGUGGGCGGACCAGGGCAUCCAGAAUGCCUACGAUCGGCGCAGGGAGUUCCAGCUGGGGGAGUCAGUCAAGUAUUUCCUGGACAAUUUGGAAAAGCUCGGACAGUCGGACUACCUCCCCAGCCAGCAGGACAUCCUUCUGGCCAGAAAACCCACCAAGGGCAUCCACGAGUAUGAUUUUGAGAUUAGGAAUGUGCCUUUCAAAAUGGUGGACGUGGGUGGGCAGCGCUCUGAGAGACGGCGCUGGUUUGAAUGUUUUGACUCGGUCACAUCCAUCCUCUUCCUUGUGUCCUCCUCUGAGUACGACCAGGUGCUCAUGGAAGACCGGCAGACUAACCGACUGAGCGAGUCACUAAACAUCUUCGAGACCAUAGUCAACAACCGAGUCUUCAGCAGUGUCUCCAUCAUCCUGUUCCUCAACAAGACGGACCUGCUGGGGGAGAAGGUGAAGCAAGUGUCCAUCAAAGACUACUUCCCCGAGUUCUCUGGUGACCCCAUGAGUUUGGCAGAUGUCCAGUGCUUCCUGGUGGAAUGCUUUCGCAAAAAGCGUCGAGAGCAGCAACAGAAGCCUCUGUACCACCACUUCACCACAGCCAUCAACACUGAAAACAUCCAGCUGGUGUUCCGUGAUGUCAAGGACACCAUCCUGCACGACAACCUCAAGCAGCUGAUCCUUUCUUAACAGCAGCCAUAGGAGGAGCGGACAGUGUCACUGCUUUCACCCACCCAGGAUUUGGCUCUGCCCCUCACUGUUGAACUUAAAGCGACCACUACUAUGCCCACUCCCCCCUGUGCUUCUUUGCUUAACAAGCGUGUUCACUGUAACUUAUAACAGCCCAAUGUGGCUGAGUUCUUGCUGCCCAGCCCUUAGACCCAUGUAACUGACCUGUAGUCCUCACUCACUCAGGCCACGCCCACACUCCUGAGCAUCCUUUAUAGUGUCCCUGUAUCCUGCUCCCACACUGGGGAGGAGGGGGUGAUGUAGCCCGAUAUCAGUGACUGUUACCAAGGUGUUGUUGUAAAUUUGCUCUUCACUGUGCCUUGGUGUGGAUUUCUACUUUUCUAAUCAUUUUGUUUUCUAUUGUAUGAACAUACUGUUUUAACCUAUGCAUUUUUCUAUCUCAUAGGGGUUUACACUUUGACAUUUGGACUGUUACAGUUAUUCAAAGAUGUCGGGGUGCUGCUGACUAAGUGUGCAGACACAAACACACCGCUUGUUGAAAGCUGGUCCGGGGUUUAGGAUGACCCACAGUACUGGUGCUGUUUCUCAGGGCACCAUUUCUAAACCACUACUGUGAUUUGAUACAGUGCAGAACUUGUGUACCUUACCCUUGCACCAGUCAAACGGGUUUCCCCUUUAUUUGCCACAAAACCGGCCGGAGUUGUACUUCAGAAGCAAAACUCUGGCCGUCGACCUCAGCCUUAUUUUACUGCCAGUGAUUUGACCCGUAUGCUUGCACAUAUGCUAACAUGUGAUUUGUGAAUGCUGCCUCAUUGACAGUGGUUAAAGAGAACACUAAGGGAAAAAUGUAAAGUGGCUUUUCUCAAACUGAUGGCAGAUGUUGCAGCGCGGGUUGAGCCCCUGGGUUUUCUUCAGUGGUACAGAGAGAGGAUUUUUUCUCCUCGAUAGAAUUAUCACCUUAAGUGUUGCGUAUUGUACUGCAGGUGAUGAGGUGGCCAUGUUGCCUUUUCUCUUAAUCAGAUCUUCAUGUUGCAGGCCGCCCCUCACCACAGGGACAUAUUCCUACUGCAGUCUGUGCAGCUAGUUUCUGCUGGCUGCUCUCGUUUUGUAUAAAGUUCACGUGUCCAGUCUAACGCAUGUGUCCCUCACACCGACCUAAAGCUUGCUGCAGUCGCUCUAACUUUCCACACAGUAUAAUGGUAAGUGUUAUUUUGCUACGUGGUGUUUUUGGUUUGGGGGGUUUUUAAGCAGAAGCAGGCAUCUGUUGGACUGUCUUAUGUUGUUUAAGGGGCUUCCUGUUUCCCAGCUUCCUGUGUCUUUACAACACGAAUGCCACAAUCCCGUACGUGUCCCUGCAAAUAACUGGCUCCACUGGUCCAUGCUAACCAGUUGUAAAAGUAGUCUUGUUGUCUUUUUGGGGAUGAGCAGUUCCACACUGUAGACUUUUGAACAAUGGGAACAUUCUGUGUGGGUCAGCAUGGGUAUUUUUUUGUACUUUCUAAUUGUGAUAAUUGCUAAUGUUGAAUAAGUAAAGAAUACUUAAACAAUGUUAAUCACUGUUAAUAAGUGUUGUGCACAGACUUUUGUAACUGUGAGCUGCAAAGCUUCAAAGGGACACGAGGCACACUGAGAAACUGGCUGAAAAAGGUUUUGCUGAUGUGAUUUUGGGCGAUUUGAUCACAGAACUGUGCAUUUACAAAUAUCAUUAACUGUCUUUGUCUUAUCAGAUCUACACCUGCAGUGUUGACUCAACUCAAAUAAAGUUUCCUCAAAUACAACAGGUGACAAAAACCUGUGUGGGCUGCCAGAACGAUUUCACACUGUGCAGGGGGCGGGGCUUGGAAGAGACCACUCCCAUCGGGAUGAUGGAUGACCACUGUCAAUAACUAAUGAGUGACCCAUCAGUAAAUGAGGCGUUGUCAAAGUUUGAUUUGUGGGCGUGUCAUGUUCAGCUCACUGAUCGUGCUCCACUGAAGUGAUUGUCAGUAGUGCGCUGUGACUGCGCUGUGACUGCGCUGUGACUGCGCUGUUUGCAGCGUUACUCAGCGUCUGCUUCACACUGAGAGGUGGAGCCAACUGCCAGAACACUUGCCUCAUAUGUGGGACUCAUUCCUCUUAGGGGGAAAUGAGUGAAACAGCUGGCAUCUAAGUGUUUACGACACAGUUACUCUUUGCAGCAGUAAUACAGGAGGCCACAUGAGGACUAACAUAUCAUGAUACAUGCAAGUCUUUUAAAUCAGACUCCUUACAGGUAUGAAACUAUUACUGUUUGACCUCAGCUCCUCUGUCACAAACCUACAAGAAAGCUGCUGCCAGUCACUGUUUGUGUGUCUGUGCCAGUGUUGGCAAGGAGCAGUGAAGUCACAUGACUUAUUCUCUGUGUGUGUUUUCCAACACAGUUAAAAAAGACAAAGCUGACAAACAGGACCAACUACGUGUGUGUGUGUGUGUCGUCUCUGAGUUUCUCAUGUCACUGAAGCCUGUUGUUGAAGUGUUAUCAGGACAGGCCUGCACCCUGACACCACCCUGAUUGUGAUUAUUGUCACACAGAAGCAUGAGUGUGUUUGUGAGGACACAGUCUGAUGACACUUUUCAUUAGACAGUUGUGCUCCAUCAGGAUACGUGCCAUGUGUACAAAGACACAUUAACAUUAAGCCAAGCAAACUGAGCUCUCUCCAUCAUUUAUCACUUUGUGCCUGUUUGCAUCCAUUCUUUACUUUACUGCCAUCUUGUGGCCACAGUCAGCUGUUGUUGCUGAAAGCAGUAAAAAUGGCGGUACCUGGCAUCACAGCUGACCUUCUGGAUAUUUUAGUGUAAGGAUGACUUUGGUUGAACUAGCAGUGUGGGGGCCUCUUUAAGUCCCUUUGAAUAAGACUUUGCUCUGCUCUUUUCAUCUCCUGGCCAUACUCCUCUCGUCGUCUAAUCCAUAGGUGUCAAACUCUGGCCCGCGGGCCAAAUUUGGCCCGCAGCCUAAUUACAUUUGGCCCGCAAAGUCAUACCAAAUUACUAUUAGAGCUGGCCUACUGGUAUUAUACAGCUAAUAUAUAUAUUGUUUAGUAUUAAGCUUUGCUUGUUCCAUAUUCAGUUUUUCAGCAAAACUUGUUUGAGUCCAUAAGAAAAGAUUCAUUCUUAUAUCUGGAGGAAGUUUUUUUUUUCAGUAAAUAUUAAUGUUAGCCCGCGACUUUGUUCCAGUUUUGAAUUUUGGCCCACUGUGUAUUUUUGUUUGACACCCCUGGUCUAAUCCUUAUUCUCAGGCAUGUAUGUACACUACCUAAAGGUUGAUGUGACAGAGUGUCUUGAUGCACGCUUAAUCAUCCAGGUAAGUAAAUCUCCAAAAGUUGAUUCUGUUCAUCUGGACGUAGCGUUUUGUGGGAGAAACGUUUCGUCGUCAUCCAAGUGACUUCUUCAGUCUCAGCUUAUAAACAGUACAUUUGCAUAAUGACUGAAACCAGCCCACUGAAGGAACAAUGGGCUGGGAGGUGACAGAAUGAUGCACCAACAAUGACCAACUGAGGCCACAAGAUGGCAGCGUGAAGGCUGGAUGCACGCUGACAGGCAAGGAGCUUUGGCUGCUUUACUUUAGACAUAAUUGAAACGUACCAUUGUUAGAUUUGACAAGGCAAGCAGUGCUUGUCCUGAUCACUGUCUUUAUGGCAAGAUCUAAAGACACAAAAUAUGUUUACAACCAAACAGGUAAGUUACAGUAAAAAGGGAGAAAAGCAGGCUGACGAGCAGCCACAUGGUUUCAUGUUUACAGCUGUCCCCUGAUGUUCAUUUGUUUAAUUUGGCCUAAACGACAGAGACGCGAGACGGAGUGCAGUGAAACUGUGGCUCUAACCUGGAACUGGAAACACUUUGUAAGCACUGACCUGAGUUUGUGUCUGAGCUCCGCCUGCUGCAGCCGCAACACAAGGAGCUGCUGUUAGUCGUACCAAUCAGCACGGACGCUGACCUUAGGUGGGACCUGCUGGAGGGUUGCUCAGCUCUGAUUGGUUAUAGCUGCUAACUAUAUAGAACAGCUGGUGUACACAUUUGAAAGCACAUGCUGUUUCAGCGCUCUUCUGCUCGUGUGAUACAUUCAAAACUGAUCAAACGCAAGGAUUAGACGUCAAGAUUCAGUUUUAUUUGUUAAGCGGCAAAUCACACCAACAGUUGCCUCAAGGCCCCACAAUGAUUGGUUUCCAGGGCAUAGACCAAGCCCAGUCGAUUCAAUUUCACUUUGAGUUUACUGAAAUUGAAGUCCUCGGCUAAAAAGGAAAUUCAGUGAGGAUCUGAAUUUUCUAAAUGUUUCUAGAACAGGUUGAUGUGUGGUAGACGGGGUCUCUGUGUGAGAAGUCUGUAGGCUCCCAUGUGUUUGUCAGUGCUUUGGAUUCAUUCAGAGACCACCUGCUGACUCCUGAGCAAAGAACAUCUCACAAAGUGUUCACUCUAGUUUAACUCGGGCCUGAAAGAAAUCCUCAUUUUUAAACCAUUUUUGAAAUGUUUUUUUUAGUUCUGGUUUUAUUUUUAAUGAAUUCAUUUAUUUUGUUUCAGACUGUCUCCUGUUGUUGUUGCUGUUAACAUGUUAAAGUCAGUGUGCUUUAAAGAAGCAGGAUGUGGUGCUUGUGAUGGUUUAAAAGAGGGUUCCAGCCUUAGAAUAAUUCUCUGUUUAAAGCAUGUUGAGGCCUGAAGUGUCCAAACCAAAGACAACCUUAAAUUUCUCUUUGUGCUCAGGGCCUCAUGGUUUGUGACUGGUGAGUAGUGAUGGGUGAUAACAUGAUUAAAGCAUUUUAUUGAGGGGAAAAAUGUCGACAUUCACACGUAUUCACACUCCAAUUGAUGCAACAUGGGGUCAGUAUCAUGCCUCCACCUCCUGAGCUACAGCUACCCUGUAGCCCAGAAGGCAAAACUGUUACCUGCUAAAAAACAAACAGACCUGAAGCCGUGAACAAACUCAUCUUAGCCAAAAACACCUGCAGGCUGUAAAAGUAAAGUUGAGCUUCAUUCAUGUAACAGGAAUCGUUGAGGAAAUUUAGAGCAUUAAAUAAAAGAAGUCAACUGAUAGUUAUCUUUUGAGAGUUUUAUUUUUGCAAGAAGGAAUUCAGUCACACACACACACACGUGUGCACAACCACAUAGUUUGCUUUAAAAAAAAUAAAACCAUGGCAAUGUAGGGAAGGACACAGGAGACAGGUCGAACCAAGCAGACAUAAGAAUGACAACAAUAACAAAACACAUCAGAGGACUGAUGUCAGCCAAGCCUGCCAGUCAUGUUUGUGUGCAUCUCUGGCAGUGUUGGGAAGGUUACUUUUAAAAUGUAUUC